CAUUUUUUCAUUCUCGCGCACCAAAUACGCAGUGCCCUUAUACCCCUAACAUCCCCUCUCCCUUCCCCCCAACACAAAAUGGUCGCCGCCGCCCGCCCCCUUGUCACCGUACAAGCCCUAGAGAAUGAUAUGGCCACUGAUGGAGCCUCCUUGCCCCUUCCUGAUGUGAUGAAGGCAUCGAUCCGCCCGGAUAUCGUGACAUUUGUUCACGGUCAGAUCUCCAAGAAUGCCCGUCAGCCUUACGCCGUGUCCAAGCGCGCCGGCCACCAGACCUCUGCUGAGUCAUGGGGUACUGGUCGUGCUGUGUCGCGUAUCCCCCGUGUUCCUGGUGGUGGUACUCACCGUGCUGGACAGGGGGCCUUUGGAAACAUGUGCCGUGGUGGUCGCAUGUUUGCUCCUACCAAGAUCUGGCGCCGCUGGCAUCGGGCAGUGAAUGUUACACAGAAACGUCAUGCUGUGGUUUCUGCCAUUGCCGCAUCUGCUGUUCCUUCACUGGUACUUGCUCGUGGGCAUAGGAUUGAGGAGGUUCCUGAGUUGCCUCUUGUUGUUUCUGAUUCAACUGAGGCUCUGGAGAAGACAAAUGCUGCUAUGAAAAUCCUUAAGCAAAUUGGAGCUUAUACUGAUGCUGAGAAGGCUAAGGAUAGUCUUGGUAUUCGCCCUGGAAAGGGUAAAAUGCGUAACCGCCGCUACAUUUCUAGGAAAGGCCCUCUGGUUGUUUACGGUACUGAGGGUGCAAAGAUUUUUUUGAGUUUAACUGCAUUUGAGUAA